AUGGCUCCUAUCGAACGCAAAAGUGAUGACGCGACACAAGUGGACCGUUGUUCUCCAUCGUGGGGUGACACAUGGAGUCGUGAUUUGCUCGGGGCUUUCGAGAGAGAGGAGGCAGCCCUCGACGACCAAGUCAAUUCAACACAGUCUGAUAGGGCAGUAUACAGCCGUGAUUAUGAGGUCUCGUCGGAGGGUAACGACCAGAACGGCGUUGACGUGGAGACUAGAUACCUACUCCUGCGCUUUCUCUACGCAGACUCGCCGGUGCUUGCUUCAGAUGAUGAAGACGAGCUCUAA